AUCAUUGGAGGGCUGGUGGCAGGGGGCGGAGAGCGCCUGUGUCUGGUUUUGGGCGGGAAUUGAAACCGACGCUGCGGCCAACAAGAACUUGAAAGCUGCGAAUUUUCUGCAUUGGAGGAGGCCAUGGUGCGGCCUGUGAGGCAUAAGAAACCAGUCAAUUAUUCACAGUUUGAGAAUUCUGACAGCGAUGAUGACUUUGUUUCUGCAACUGCACCUUUAAAUAAGAAACCCAGAACAACACCAAAGGAGUUAAAACUAGAAACAAGGAAACCUAAACUGAAGAAUCUCCAGAAAGAAGAUAUCUCACUACAAGAGAAAACCCCUAAAAAAAGGAUGGCUUUAGAUGACAAGCUCUACCAGCGAGACUUAGAAGUCGCACUAGCUUUAUCAGUGAAGGAACUUUCAACAGUCACCAUUGAUGUGGAAGAGGCUCAAGAUAAAAGCACUGAAAAAUGUGGCAGCAGCGAAACCGGAACAACGAAUAAGGCUCCCCAUAUCUCCAAUUGCAGUGUAGCCAGUGAUUAUUUAGAUUUGGAUAAGAUUACCGAGGAAGAUGAUUUUCACAGUGCUCAAGGGAAAAGAAAAGCAGCAUCAAAAGCUGUGGUACAACAGAGGAAGAUUCUUUUGGACGGUAGUGAUGGUGAUAGUGCUAAUGACUCUGAACCAGACUCUGCAACUGAUGAAGAGUCUGAGGAUGACUCUGAUUUUAAUGAGAGUGAAGACAAUGAUGAAGGCUUCACUAAGGGAAAAAAUAAAGUGAAAGAAAUUAAGAAGAAAGAAGUGAGGGUAAAAUCCCCAGUUGAAAAGAAGGAGAAGAAACCUAAAUCCAAAUGUGAUACUUUGGUGACUUCAGGAGACUCUGUUCCAGCUGCUGUGAAAUCAGAAUCUCAGCCUUCACCAAAAAAGGUUUCUCUUUCUUCAGAGGCCACUAGGAAAUCAUUACAAAUAUGCAGCCCUUCAGCUGAAAGCAGAAAAUCUAAGUGGAUCCCACCAGCGGUAUCUGGAAGCAGCGGCAGGAGGAGGAGCCCCCCGGCAGGGGUGUCUGUUAAGUCUCCCAAUCGGAGUCUCCGCCUUGGCUUGUCCAGAUUAGCACGAGUUAAACCUUUACAUCCAAGCGCCGCUAGCAGCUGAGUGUGGUGGUAAACAAAUGUUUAAGAGAAUUAGAGUUUUACAAGUGUGUUUAUAUUUGAAAUGUGUUUCUAUAUAAGGAGGGCAUCAUAAUAUAAAGGAAUCCUUUAAGGUCAUGUGAAUUGCCUCUACCUAUUUUGUGAUGAUGUUCUCUGAAGCUCUUCAAGACUUCAAGAAAAGGUUUGUUUAUAAGAAUUAUUUUGUGAUGUCAUUUCCUUCUGAAGAACGUGUUCUCUUUUUCCUGUGUGUAAUAAGUCGUCGUUAAGUGGUUGUCUGUUUGACAAGGAGAAGUCCACGUUGCAUACUGUUCUAAGAAGAUGAUGUUGCUUUCCAGCUUUGUCUAAUUUAUGGCACCUUAACUUUCACUGUUGAGAGGUUAUAUGGCAAAAGGAAACAUGCCCAUUUUUUCCAGGAGACAUUUCUGAAAUCUUAACUUAGGUUGCAUUGUCAGUUUUACUGCAAAGAUGUUUCAUAUUUUAGCCAAAUAUUUUUAUAGUAAGAAUUCACAAUUAUUUUACACAUUAAAAUGGUUGCUAUAAUAUGGCAUAUGUCUCCUACUCAGAAGUAGAUGUUUAUUAUAUAGCAAAUAGAAUUUCAUGAGAUUUUAUGACGCUCUCAUUGCCAAAACCUUUAAUGAAAGUGGAAGAGUCUUGAUAUGCUCUUUUCCUUCAUACCAUUACAUCCAUCUAUUUCUGAUUGUCUCCAUUUCACGAUUAAAUGAAUGUUUUGCAAAAAAAAAAUAUGUUAGUCUUUUUGUUGUAAGUAUAAAGGGGGGGAGAGCUGUUUCUUAGAAUAAUCACUUUGUGAAGCCAGUGAUUAGAGGGUGGCUGUCAAGUACUUAGUCAUCCCUAUUAUGAUAUUAGAUAAUACAGCUUUUCAGGAAGCUUAAUGUGAAUUUCUUAUGAAUAAAAAUAGUUGUAGAUAUUUCACAUUUUAUGGUGAGAAUUUCAACCAGCUCCUGAUCACUUUUUAAUAAAAAUUCUUCAAAUCAUGUUAACCAUUAGAGGCGCCUGGGUGCCUCAGUUGGUUAAGUGUCUGACUUGGUUUCAGCUCAGGUCAUGAUCUUGGGGUUGUGGGUUUGAGCUCCGUGCCGAACACAGAAUCUCUCGAGAUUCUUUCCUCUCCCUCUCCCUCCAUCUCUGCUCCUCUCCUGCUCCUCAAAGUCUCUCUCUCUUUCUUGCUCAAAUGGAUAAGUAAAAUCUUUUAAAAAAUCAUGUUAACCAUUAAAACGUAUAAUAUUAUUGGUUCAGUUUUUCUUGGUUUAUAGAAACAUCUAUGUUAAUGUGAAAAUAAGGAAUUUAGAAAAAUGAUUAAAGUGAGCAUUUGCAGGGGCGCCCGGGUG